UUUCGGGGCUCUGUAUUUUUUACCCGAAUUUUCGCCUCUUUUUAAAGCGAAACUUUUUUAUUGACCUGAGGAAAAUAUGGGGAGCAUUUCAGUCCUUGAGUGCAUUUUGCAAGGCUAGGGUUUUCUGCAACUUCCAUCAAAUUUACUCAAAAUGGGUCCUCCAGAGGAUCUUCCACUCAUCGAGGUUUAAAUGCAGCAGCAAUCAGGAAUGUGAUAUUAGAGUUAUAUUACCCCUCACGUGCAGCCUGCUACAGUUUUGGUAUUGAGAAAGUAUACUGUUAUAGUAUAGACAAACAGUCUGGGGAAAACAUGGGGCAUCGCCAUCCAAUUAGAUGAUGGACAGCGAUGUAGAGAGUGGAACCCACUGUUGGGGCCAUCUCCUGUUCUGGAGUCACUCUACCAUGCAGUACAAAGGUGAAAUCUAUGAAAACAAAUGGUUUGCAAGAUUCUAAAAUCUGCUUUUAUGAAGGGAGCAUCAAAAGUUGCCAUUAUUCAGCAGCCUCACCAUUGUAUCAUCUCACCUGUAAGACCCACCUUAGGAGAUGGUUUUGGAUUUUCUUCUGCUCAGGCUAUUGUAGAACCACUCACUAAGCUGACAAGGUUUUUACACAAGGACCCUGUAUGUUCCUCUAGCAUUGCUUCCACUCCAGACAUAGAGAAAAAAUAUGUUCAUCGUGUUUAUGAUGCCAUUGCUCCACAUUUUAGCUCCACCCGGUUUGCAAAGUGGCCAAAAGUUGCAGAGUUUUUAAAUUCAUUAACCCCAAGUUCUGUGGUCUUAGACUCAGGGUGUGGAAAUGGGAAAUACUUGGGUUUCAAUCGUGAUUGCCUUUUCAUAGGCUGCGAUAUAAGCGCUCCACUAAUCAACAUUUGUGCAGAGAGGGGUCAUGAGGUUAUGGUUGCAGAUGCUGUUAAUCUUCCUUAUAGAAGUGGCUUUUUUGAUGCAGCCAUUUCUAUUGCUGUAUUGCACCAUCUUAGCACUGAAGAAAGGAGGAAAAGGGCUAUUUCUGAACUAAUAAAAUCUGUUCACAAGGGAGGUCAGGUGCUAAUUACAGUUUGGGCUGUAGAACAAGAGGAUAAGUCAUUGCUUAAUAAGUGGACUCCUCUUACUGAUAAGUAUUCUGAAGGCUGGGUUGGGCCAAACUCUCCAAAGGUUCGUAGUUCCUCAAGUACCAUCUUAGAGAGCAUUCCAGAAACAGAGGAUAAUUGUCCUAAUGAUCUUUAUAAAAUUAGAGAGACAACAACAGAAACACAUUGUAAAGACUCUGAAGAGGAAAGGUUGAAGGAGCAAACGAGCAGGGAUGAUGGUGUUCCGUUACCAUUGGAAGACACCAUCAUGAUUUCUAAAAAUAGAAGUACUACUAGUACUAGCCAACAAGAGUAUUUUGUACCUUGGCAUUUACCUUAUCAUCGGGCUGAAAUUAGUGGCACAUCUGCAGCUGCACUUGCAAAUGGACUGGCAAAGAAGGACGAUAAAAAGGGAGCUGUUGUAUACAAUCGGUAUUAUCACGUGUUUGUUGAAGGCGAGCUUGAGAGGCUGGUAUCAGGUUUCAACAAUGCUGUUGUUCGCGAUCGUUUCUAUGACAAGUCCAAUUGGUGUAUAAUUCUUGAGAAGACAUGAUUUACUUAAUCGAGAAACAAAAUUUGGAGCUUGGUUUGAGCAAUUGCUCUUGCUCUCUCGUGCAUGGUUGCAUAUGCAUGCUCAUGUACGUGAGACGUGUGCGUAUUUUAUGUAGCGGCAGUUUACCAGCAAAAGAGGGCAUUUGAGGACAGUUUUGCCAAAGUGUGUGGGAAAGAUUGUAAAGGAUGAAUAUUAUGAUUAGAGAUGAGGAAGACAUGCAGGAUGCCUGUGAUUUGCAACGAAUGAAAUACACUUGUCUGAACUGUCCAUUAUGAAUAGCAUAUGGAUGAGAUAAAUGUCCAUUUUUGUUUUUAAUGAGUGAGGUUUGUAUAAGGUGCCCACUUUAUACUAUGUUAGAAAGGGCCACCUCUAAAUUUUACUAGAAGAUGUAGUUUUGGUUGAGAAACUUUACAGUGGUUUGAAACUCUAUGUUCGAACUCUAA